GCGGGGGGAGCACGUAUAGAAAAGUCAGUUCAGGUUGCUCAUGAGGGCAAGAUCUCUCCUCUGCACAGAGGAAGAGGACUCUGACCAGUGGGACUAGGCUGCCCCCAUCGCCUACUCCUGCCUGCAGGACUCCGUCUCGCCGCCGCCCUGCUCUCGCCCUCCCUCCCAGUUCUCGGCGUCUCGGAGGAAGUGACGAACGCGGACUCGCGCUCGCGCCGUCGGAGGGAGGGAGAUCCACUCGGAGCAUGCGGGCCGCCGCGCGCUAGAUGAAACUGAGGAACACAGCAAUAACACGAGCAAAUUCAGCCUUUUUUCCAAUGGGGGAUCGUGUUGGUGUGAAGUACAACAGCGUCAAUGAGGGUGAAGAGCGUAAGGGAGGGCAUGGCAUCCCCAAGGUUUCCAUGGUACCCCUCAUAUUCCUCAUAUUCUAUGAAGUUUCAGGGGGUCCCUUUGGGAUUGAGGAUAGUGUCAAGGCUGCUGGGCCACUACUAGCAAUCGUGGGCUUCCUUCUGUUUGCGCUCAUAUGGAGCAUUCCAGAAGCUCUAAUCACUGCUGAGAUGGGCACAAUGUUCCCAGAGAACGGUGGUUAUGUUGUCUGGGUUUCUUCAGCUCUUGGUCCGUUCUGGGGUUUUCAGCAAGGAUGGGCAAAGUGGCUCAGUGGUGUCAUAGAUAAUGCCCUCUAUCCAGUUCUUUUUCUGGACUAUGUCAAGUCCAGUGUUCCGGCUCUUGGAGGUGGGCUCCCAAGGACCGUAGCAGUGCUUAUCCUCACAGUUGCGCUUACAUAUAUGAACUACAGAGGGCUGACUAUAGUUGGCUGGGUGGCAGUCUUUCUUGGCGUGUUCUCUCUCCUCCCAUUCUUUGUGAUGGGAUUGAUCGCUAUUCCAAGGAUUGAACCUUCAAGGUGGCUUGAAAUGGACUUAGGGAAUGUGGAUUGGGGAUUGUAUCUAAAUACACUGUUUUGGAACCUCAACUAUUGGGAUUCAAUUAGUACAUUGGCUGGUGAAGUUGAGAAUCCAAAGAGAACCCUGCCAAGAGCGCUUUCUUAUGCUCUGGUUCUAGUGGUGGGAGGAUACCUCUACCCAUUGAUAACUUGCACAGCAGCAGUUCCAGUUGUUCGGGAGUACUGGUCAGAUGGGUAUUUUUCAGACAUUGCAAGAAUUCUCGGUGGCAUUUGGUUGCACUCGUGGAUCCAAGCAGCAGCUGCUUUAUCCAACAUGGGCAACUUCCUCACUGAAAUGAGCAGUGAUUCUUACCAGCUUCUUGGGAUGGCUGAGCGUGGCAUGCUCCCUGACUUUUUUGCCAAGAGAUCUCACCAUGGAACCCCGCUUAUCGGCAUCCUUUUCUCUGCCUUUGGUGUGAUCCUACUAUCCUGGAUGAGCUUCCAGGAAAUCAUUGCCGCUGAGAACUACCUCUACUGCUUUGGCAUGAUCCUGGAGUUCAUUGCCUUCAUCAAGCUUCGGGUGACCCAUCCGAACGCCUCUCGGCCCUACAAGAUACCUCUGGGCACCAUUGGUGCUGUCCUGAUGAUCAUCCCACCAGCUGUCUUGAUCAUCGUGGUGAUGGCCAUCGCAUCCUACAAGGUAAUGGCGGUGAGCAUCUUAGCGAUGGUCAUUGGGUUCGUGCUGCAGCCAUGCCUAGGGUACGUGGAGAAGAAGCGAUGGCUAAGGUUCUCCAUCAGUGCAGACCUGCCCGAUUUGCCUGAUGCACAGGAAACUGCUGAAGAUGAUGCUGUUCCACUCGUAUUCUAAACUUCCAAUAUUCCACUGUGGAGGUGUUGUUCCCAAUCGAGGCAUUGUAGGACGGAAUGUGAUACUGGGAUUCUCAACCUGUAUCUCCUGGAUGAGUUCCAAAGCCAGCAAUCUUAGACAUGUUGUAUAAUGAUGCAUUAUGUUGUCACCAUGCUAUUGGAGACAUCAUGAUGGCAUCAAACAGAAAUGUAACACCACCAAAUACUUGUUGCAUCUGCCGUCAGCUGCUGCUUAACUCAUUUAUAUACUAGGGUAGAUCCAUGAUACGACAUGAGGUUGCUCAUCUGGAAAUAGGAACUCUUGAUACAAGUUUCGCCUUUAAAUAGGAGAACGUGAACUCUUGACCUGGUUGCCUGGUUUUCUUUAUGGGGGAACUGUUAUCAGUAAUUCGAUCUUUUAUGUACAGGUUUGUGUUAUAAAUGGAGCAUCGGUAUAAUUGUUCUUGGAA